AUGGGUGACUGGAGCUUUCUAGGGCGGCUGCUGGAGAACGCUCAAGAACACUCCACUGUGAUCGGAAAGGUUUGGCUGACCGUCCUCUUCAUCUUUCGUAUCUUGGUGCUGGGCGCAGCGGCAGAAGAGGUUUGGGGAGACGAGCAGUCGGACUUCACCUGUAACACUCAGCAGCCCGGUUGCGAGAACGUCUGCUACGACGAGGCCUUUCCCAUCUCCCACAUCCGCUUCUGGGUGCUGCAGAUCAUCUUCGUCUCGACGCCCACGCUCAUUUACCUGGGGCAUGUGCUGCACAUCGUCCGCAUGGAGGAGAAGAGGAGGGAGAGGGAGGAGGAGGUCAGGAAGGCCGGACAACACCAGGAGGACCAUGACAACCUCUAUCACAACGGAGUGGGUGAUGGAGGAGGUGGGAAAAAGGAGAAGCCACCGAUUCGUGAUGAGCACGGGAAGAUCAGGAUCCGCGGGGCGUUACUGAGGACGUACAUCUUCAACAUCAUCUUCAAAACUCUGUUUGAGGUGGGCUUCAUCCUGGGACAGUACUUCCUGUACGGCUUCCACCUGAGGCCGCUCUACAAAUGUGGCCGCUGGCCCUGCCCCAAUACUGUGGACUGCUUCAUCUCCAGGCCCACUGAGAAGACCAUCUUCAUCAUCUUCAUGCUGGUGGUCGCCUGCGUCUCUCUGCUCCUCAACCUGCUGGAGAUCUACCACCUGGGCUGGAAGAAGGUCAAGCAGGGCGUCACCAACGAGUUUGUGUCCGACAGCGAGUCGCUGCUGCUGUGUGCGGGCGAGCGCGGACACGCAGAGACGAUACCUGGGCAGACCUCGCCGUCGGUGCUCGAGUGUGUGUCGGCGUACACCAGUGUGGGAGCGGCGGGGGGCGGAGCAGCUGCGGGAGGAGCCUACCGUCCAACAGAAGAAGCCUCCACAGGUUUGAACCCAAACAUGGCCGCCGAAUCUGUGCCGGCCGAGCUCAAGAUGGAUGGCGCCCCGUUCCACCCAGAUGACUUCCUGUUGGAGAGGCUGCCCACUUCCUUUUAUGGCAAUGGAGACACGGUGAGCGUUGGAAGCGGCGGGCAGCUGAGGGCGAUGGAGCAGAACUGGAGCAACAUGGCACUGGAGCUGCAGAAUCUGAAUGGAAAAGACUUCUUCUACCCUCCUCCUCCUCCAUCUCCUCCCACCUCGGCCUCCUCCUCCCCUCAGGGGGAGAUGACCCCACAGGAGCAACACUCCAUGUGUCCCACGCUUCCUCGCAAUACCCCUCUGUACCCCCUCAUGGUGCAGGAGAGGCCGCUGGACGAGGAAAACACUGUCGCCACAGCACCUUGGAUGGUCCCGCACGACGACUUCACCGUGGUCACCAGGGCGGAGAUGCAUCAGCCUCCAUGUGCUGCGGCGACAGACAUUCGGAAGCCAAGUCGGGCCGGCAAGAGCGGCUGCGCCCGAGCUCGCCCGGAUGACCUGGCAGUGUAG